AGUCCUGGCUCGUGUUCCGAAAAGAGGUCGUUUGCUUGUCAGAAACAUCGUUACGAUCCAGACCACCGUCCGAAUGUUAUCGGUGAACUAGAUUUGCCAGCCGGAAAAUGGUACGUAACAGUGCAGGUGGCUCCGAGCACACAACGGUCAUGCUUCGUACAGGCUCGUGUGCAGAGUGAUCUACAAAUUGUACCUGGUUUUGUAACCACGGUUACCGGUGACCAACCCGACAACGAUCCAGUUCAAGACUCACCGAAUAAUCGUCUGAUCACCUACAUCCACAGCUUGGACAACGCUCAUCGUAGCCCUAUCCUCACUCACGCCUUGCUGAACGACGCUGCCAAUGGAACGUUCUACAACGCAGUAACAUACAGUCAGCGAGCUCAAUGUUCGUAUCCAUGGCAGACUCAAUCGUUUAGUUGUCCAAAUUCGGACUCUGACGACAAUGAAUUCACCAUUACGCAAUCUCCUGCAACGGUGGAGUGCGUUGGCAAGGUCUUUGUAUCUGCACUGAGUACUGGACAGAUUGUGCAAUUACUGAUUUUUGAAAAUAAAGAAUCUAUUUCAGGAAAACAGUGCAAUAUACCGAUUUGUGUGAACGGAGGAGUUCUUAGCCCGGAUUACAGGCGAUGUGAUUGCCCUGAUGGAUAUUCUGGCGAACACUGCGAGUUUGAGUUAUGCAUGAGCCAGACACCGAUCACCUUCUCACCAAAUGCGAAGACUUUUGUACUUGUCGUGGAAACCACUUUCCAGAACAAACCAAUGAUCGACGUGUUAGUUGCGAAUCUGGCAACCAUAGUUAAUGGAGCUCCUCAAAGUGCCCAAUGGUUCAGCAACUAUGCUCUCGUCACAUACGACUCAUCUGGCGUCACAUCGCCGUAUCCACAUAUCGAUAUCGAUUGCAUUGUGAUGGGAUUGAACUCGGCAGCAGGAAGAAUGACCGACAAUGGCGCAUGUACUACGAUCCAUGCUCUCCAAAUAGUGAAGUGUUCGCCGUCACAUCGGCUGGUGUCAGUGAUCAACAAGUACGCGAUGGAGAUGUGGAGCUCAUCUCCAAUGUCCAAGCUCAUUUCACCUACAUCUACAACUCGGCGUCCGAUUGUGGGUCUACUCCCAGUGAUAAUUCGCUCACGCAAACAAACCAGACUUGCCUAUUCGUCAAGUGGUAACGUGCUGUUCAUCGCUCCCUCAGAUCUCUCCCAGAUGUUCUCCGUUUACCUACCGACGCUGUAUGGAUCAUACGUCUUGACGAACCCUACCGGACACCAGAGUUUCCAAUGUUCAACACCCAGUGAUUGGUAUGUGGAGGUGGAUUAUGCCACAACGAGGAUUUACGUUACCACCUCAGCCACCUAUGGAAAUCUGGGAGUUGUGAGCCCUCUGAGAGAUGAGAUCGCAGCCACCGUCCUCUAUAAAACCAAUAACACACAAUUUUAUGAGAUUGAUGUGGAUCGAUUACCUGGAAUUUAUACUCUAUCACUUACUUCUGCGCCGCUGACUGCCUUCUUCUAUCGUCUUCGCUGUCGUGGUGCAAAAGUCUACUAUGAUUUCGCCGAGACCACCUCCGCUGAUCCAACCGCCUCACAUAUCGACGGCUACAACGGAUCACCAGAAGUUGGAGUAUCGAACGUCCUGACACUGCACGUCGAUGCUACACCGGGUUCGGUUCUGAAGCAAAUCGAACUUUUCGACCCGGAUAGUCUACAGGUACUGCUUCGUUCGCCGCUUUAUCGACGAAUGAACUGCUCGUUCGAGUAUUACUCCGAUCCGUUCACUUGUACGAGUGAAGCAAUCGCGAUGUUCGUUUAUGGUGAAGACGAUAGCCGCCAGCCAUUCCGUCGACAAGAGCUCACUUAUUGCAAUACUCCCAUUAAUCCAACCACCAGCGCUGACGAGUUCUUCAUCCAAUCAAACGCCACAGCCGACGAGUUCUUGGUCGAGCCCACCUUCACAGGUGCCAACCACAUCACCGGCGACAACGCUGGCGCCUGUGCCGAUCGCCUUUCGACGUCGUCAUCCUUAUCGAUGUCAGCCAGAGUGCAUCAACAAGAUACGAACGACAUGUCGCAAUUCGUGACGAGCUUGCUGUCCGCGUACGACGUCUCACAGAGCUAUACUCGAGUAGGGGUGGUGCCGGUUUUCGGCAACUCAGCUCUUGGUCCAAUGGUGACAGCAAGUCUGAACGCUGUCAGCUCAAUCGCCGUGCUCAAGAGCUAUCUCGAUCAGACGAAGGAAUACAACGAUUUCGAUUCUCAGGGACAAGCCCUGGCACAAGGCCUCUACACAGCAAUAAAUCCCAACUUCAAAAAUGCUGGCUAUCGAUCCGAUAUCAGCAACCAUCUCAUCGUCUACAUCACCGCUACUUCU